GUUUCAACUGUUGAUAUGUUUGUUUGAGUCGCUGAUUUUAUUGUGAAGAAGUUUGGGUUGCGAUGAGUCACGUGGUUUCAUGACAGCAGUCAGCAGGAAGUUCACUGCGCUGUGCACAAUGUCCACCAUGACUGAGGUGAGCCAUCAGCAGUGGGGAGAGGUGUCCAGCCAGGGCGGUGUGGACCUGUGGGUCCUCCAGUCCUCCCAGGUGCGGGUGGAGGUCCUCACCCUGGGUGCCAUCAUCAGGUCUGUGUCCAGCAGGAGGAAGGAUGGUCAGAUGGAGGACAUAGUCUUGGGCUACGACAACCUGGAAGGUUAUGUGUCAGAUAAGCGGUACCUGGGAGCUGUGGUGGGCCGCGUGGCCAACAGGAUCGCACGGGGGCGCUUCGUCGUGGAGGGAAAAGAGUUCCAGCUAGAUAUCAACAACGGGCCUAACGCACUGCAUGGAGGGCUGCGGGGCUUCAACAAGGCUGUCUGGCUUGCUACAGCAGUGGGAGGUGGUGUACAGCUGAGUCUUACCAGUCCGGAUGGAGACCAGGGUUAUCCUGGAGAGGUUCAGGUCUCUGUCACCUACACCCUACAGGGGGAAACACUUACUGCUGAAUACCAAGCCAGGUCGACCAAAACCACCCCCAUCAACCUGACCAACCACUCCUACUUCAACCUGGCUGGACAGGGUGCAGCAGAUAUCUUUGACCAUCAUGUGUCCAUCAGUGCUCAGUCCUACCUGCCUGUGGAUGACACAUCGAUUCCUACAGGAGAGAUCAGAGCAGUAGAGGGCACGCCCUUUGACCUCAGAACGCCUGUUCUGAUUGGCUCUCGGCUGAAGGAAGUUCCUGGCCCAGGGUUUGACCACAAUUUCUGUCUGUCAUCCCCUGGAGACGGCUGGACAGAGAGACACGCUGCCAGAGUGUGUCACCGAGUCAGUGGGCGUGUCCUGGAAGUUUCUACCAGCCAACCAGGAGUCCAGUUCUACACCGCCAACUUCCUGGAUGGCUCCAUCACAGGAAAGGGCGGGGCUAGGUAUGGGAAGCACAGCUCCAUCUGCCUGGAGACACAGAAUUGGCCUGACGCUGUCAACCAGGUUUCAUUUCCUGACUGUCUCCUGCGCCCCGGUGAGAACUACCAACAUGUCACUCGCUUCACCUUCACCACGCUGUGAUCUGACCUCGACCUGCAGGGCGACACACAAGAAGAAAACUGGGUGUCUUGAAAUAGAAAGUGAAGUUCAGUAAUUCAUUGUACUUUUUCAGGGCAAUCUUACUUCCUGUCUGUGUAACUGUAAUUCAAUGCUGAUUAUUUUUGAAUGUGAAGAACUUUCUCGGUGCUGUGACGGGUUUGUCAGGCAGAAUAAUGGCAGCCUGUGCAGGUUUGGUGUGGGGCAAUGACAUGAUGCUCUCAUGGGGAUGAUCUGUGAUGUGAUGAUCCUCUGCCAUAUUUCUUACAUUAAACCAAAAAGUCAUAAAGAGCCUCCUCAUUCAAGCUGGUUAUUGCCAUUUCGUCCCCUUCUACCUGAAAUUUUUGUUGAGGUGUUUUUUAAGUCGUAUUUAUUUUUGGACCUCUUAAUGAGAAAACAAAAAGGUUUUUAUCUCCAAAGUUGAAAUCUUACUGGGUUUUAUAAGGUUCUACUUCUGAGCAAAUCAGCACUUAGAAAUGCACACAAGACGACCUCUGUCAGGUCGCGUCGCUGCUCAGUGACGGCGGGGACAGGAGCAGACAAGACAGAGAAAUAAGUGCAGAUGAGAAAAUGUCCUGUAACACGAGGUCUAUAGGAACAAGAAGGACGGCAGUACAGAAUAAAGUUCAGUCUCUUGUCAAUUGUUGUAGAUCUUGCUGAGGAGUUUAUUUUCACUGUAAACAUGUUGGCACGCAAGGCACCUAAUGCCUUAAAGGUAAUUGAAUAGUCUACAUUUUAAUUGAUAGCUUCUUAAUUGCACAAUAAACCCACAUUUCAUUCAUUCA